AUGUCACGUCAAAGUUUUAGUGAUGGUCUUAAUGAGUGUAUGCUUAUCGAACUCCAGGGAACCAUUGAAAACUACGGUCAGCCGCUUGCUGGUCGAGUUCUCGGCACUCUGGUAUGGCAUAAAGACAACAAGCAAGCGUUGUUGCAAGUUGGUCACCAUCUUCUAGAAGGAAAAAUUUCCGAAUUAGAGAAGCCGUUGUUGUUAAUGAAACCAUCGCCUUCAAACCAGCACUUUGAAGAACGUACAAUGAUCAUAGAGGCAGUAAUUAAACGCAGACUCCUGUUCAAAAAUCGGCCUAAGCCAUUUACUUUGCCUUCAAAAGCGGACCACUAA